AUGCACAGUAGCUGCUGGAUGGCCUUGCUCACCAAGGUGUGGGGUUGACAGAAGGUAUGGCAGUCAGCCACUUGCAAAAUAGACCUGUGUCCUUUCUGGCAGGUUAAGGCCAGUGCAGAAACUGUGGGCCCACAUUGAUCAUUCAUGCCUCUCCGAUGAGAAAUAAUCUGCCAGCUGCUCUUGAGUGGUGGAUAGAUCCUUCCACAAGAAACCAUCUCUGGGCAUCAACAAUUGCUGCUAGGGAAAGACACGGUUGUGGCUGAAUUGCUCUGCUUGGAUUUCGUGGGUUGCCUGUGAUCUCCGCCCAUCUGGCUAUGGAAUGGAGACAAUGGAUAUUGGCCUAGCUUGGUAACCCAGACUGUGAUGCUCAGAAGGAACCCAUGGCUGUCCAUUUUUCCCACUUAAUUUUGUCCUCCACCUUGGGGAGCUGUGAGUGAAGCUGGGAGUCGGAAGAUCAGAGUUCUAUUCCUUGCUGAGCUGCUGUGUGACCUUGGUGACCCAGAAGGGGCCCAGCUGAGAACCGAGUGCCCGCCGUUGCCCUGCAGCCAUGGAGGGCGGCAUGCAGCUCCUCAACCGGGAUGGCCACAGCAUCUCCCAUAAUUCCAAGCGGCACUACCACGACGCCUUUGUGUGCAUGAAUCGCAUGCGGCAGCGGGGCCUGCUGUGCGACAUCGUGCUGCAUGUGGGCACCAAGGAGAUCAAGGCCCACAAGGUGGUGCUGGCCUCCUGCAGCCCCUACUUCCACGCCAUGUUCACAAAUGAGAUGAGCGAAAGCCGCCAAACCCAUGUGACGCUGCACGACAUAGACCCGCAGGCUCUGGAUCAGCUGGUGCAGUAUGCCUACACUGCAGAGAUCGUGGUGGGUGAAGGGAACGUGCAGACGCUGCUUCCAGCCGCCAGCCUCCUCCAGCUCAACGGCGUGCGGGACGCCUGCUGCAAGUUCCUGCUAAGCCAGCUGGACCCGUCCAACUGCCUGGGCAUCCGGGGCUUCGCCGACACGCACUCCUGCAGCGACCUGCUCAAGUCCGCCCACAAGUACGUCCUCCAGCACUUUGUGGAGGUGUCCAAGACAGAGGAGUUCAUGCUGCUGCCGCUCAAGCAGGUGCUAGACCUCAUCUCUAGUGACAGCCUCAACGUGCCAUCCGAGGAAGAGGUGUACCGGGCCGUGCUGAGCUGGGUCAAACACGAUGUGGAUAGCAGGAGGCAGCACGUCCCAAGGCUCAUGAAGUGCGUCCGGUUGCCCCUGCUGAGCCGGGAUUUCCUGAUGAGCCAUGUGGACACGGAGCUCCUGGUCCGGCACCACUCGGAGUGCAAGGACCUGCUGAUCGAGGCCCUCAAGUACCACCUCAUGCCAGAGCAAAGAGGGGUCCUCGGCAACAGCAGGACCCGGCCCCGGCGGUGCGAGGGGGCUAGUACCGUGCUCUUCGCCGUGGGUGGGGGUAGCCUAUUCGCCAUCCAUGGAGACUGCGAAGCCUAUGACACGCGGACGGAUCGGUGGCACAUGGUGGCCUCCAUGUCGACCCGGAGGGCCAGGGUGGGCGUGGCUGCCAUCGGAAACAAGCUGUACGCUGUGGGCGGUUACGACGGGACCUCCGACCUGGCCACAGUGGAGUCGUACGACCCGGUUACCAACUCCUGGCAGCCGGAGGUGUCCAUGGGCACCAGGCGCAGCUGUCUGGGGGUGGCGGCGCUUCACGGGCUCCUCUAUGCAGCGGGGGGAUAUGACGGGGCCUCAUGUCUGAACAGCGCCGAGAGGUACGACCCGCUGACGGGCACCUGGACCUCGAUCGCUGCCAUGAGCACCAGGAGGCGAUACGUCCGGGUGGCAACACUAGAUGGCAAUCUCUACGCCGUCGGGGGAUAUGACAGCUCAUCCCACUUAGCCACGGUGGAGAAGUACGAGCCGCAGAUCAACACAUGGACCCCAAUCGCCAACAUGCUGAGCCGCCGCAGCAGCGCCGGUGUGGCCGUGCUGGAAGGGAUGCUCUACGUGGCCGGCGGCAACGACGGCACCAGCUGCCUUAACUCCGUGGAGCGCUACAACCCGAAAACCAACACCUGGGAGAGCGUGGCCCCCAUGAACAUUCGGAGGAGCACCCAUGACCUGGUGGCCAUGGACGGGUGGCUGUAUGCGGUGGGCGGGAACGACGGCAGCUCCAGCCUCAACUCCAUCGAGAAGUACAACCCCCGCACCAACAAGUGGGUGGCAGCCUCGUGCAUGUUCACGCGGCGGAGCAGCGUGGGGGUGGCGGUGCUGGAACUGCUCAACUUCCCGCCCCCCUCCUCGCCCACCCUCUCCGUGUCCUCGACGAGCCUUUGACAAAGAAUCCAGUCGUACCUUACCUCCAGGGGGCAGCAGCGGAUGGAGGAGCGCAAGGCCACCCUGGCCUGACCCCUGUAGCAGCCAGUCUCUGUAGACCGGAAUGGGGGGGUCCCAGCUGCUGCCUCCAGCCCCGGCCCACAGCAAUUCCGUGGGUCCCUCGGGGGCUCUGCCUCUCUUGGUGCACACUUCAGAUCAGCGUGCUGAGAGUUGGAAUGGCACUUUCCAUUCGAGAGUCCCCUCUGCCAGCGUGUACGGUGGGGGGAGCUCUUGGCUCCAUCCACAAACCUGCCCACGACUCAACUGACUUUUGGGGCUGGCCAGGCCCAGUCGAAACCAUUGCUGCUUUUAGGAUUUACCACGCGCCAACAUGUGCUGCACACUGGACAGCCACGCGAGGAACGAUCCAGGCAGACGGGAGCGCCGGGGGUGGAUGACUGACGCAUAUGGUGCUUCUCCAGGAAACCGCUGAAUGUCCCACCACUCCUCAGAAUGCUACCUUAGCCAAACUCUCUGUGUUUAGCCUCCAGCGCACUGUUAAUGCCUCCAUGACCGGCGCACGGGUGUCUGAUCGAUGCCUUAAAAACCGCAGCCGGGGGGAUGCGGUGGGGAGAAGGCCCCAAAACUGUGUGGAGCAUCCCAAGCCCUCCGGCAUUUCUGUCCUCUGCUGACCCCGUCCCGCUCGCUGUCAAUCCGGAUUUGCCAUCGCUACGGAGGUUCCCGAGCUGCCCAGAUGGAUUUAAUGAGCUCACCGGCUCGGGGGCAGUCACCGUCCCACUGUUACAAAUGACUGUGCUGCUGCCCUCUGCACACGUGUCUGUGUCAUUGUGUUAACCUGGCGGCUGGGAACAGUUCAGCCUCCACGUUGCUUCCCUGAUCACAAAGAAGGAUCUAGGCUUGGGCCAGGCCCUUGGUUCCCUAUAACAGUGCGACCCGGCAGGUGGCACAGGCCGCAGGGUCGCACUGUGUUAUUUAUUUAAUGUGUCUGCCAUUUGUAUUUAUUAUGCUAAUCUUUUAAUUUUAAUUCUUAUUAACAUUAUUUUAAAUUAUUCUGGUGUUCCCUAUCCCAUCCCGUUCUCUCCGCUGACGUGGGAAGGGAUGAGAGGAACGAGCAAGGGGCAUUUUUUUAAAUGAUCCUUUGGACAAUGACUAUGGUAAGUGUAAGUGUGUGAGAGAGGCCAUAUGUACAGUGAAACCAGCACAGCAGGGACCAUUUGCAACUAGCAAAUCCCUGUCUUAAACUACCACUCUAAUGGCUGAAUCAUCUUGUACUGUAAUGCACACGGUUGGCCGUAUAGACCCACCUGUACCAUAGAACCUCCUGAGUGGUGGCUUAAAAUGUGUUUCACUCAUAUGCCGUGGUCUGUGUGUGGUUUGCAUGAAGACAGGUUAGCAGGUGUUCCCCAUGGUGUGUAGGAACAGCUAAACCACUGAUACCUCAGUAGCACUGGUAGGAUGUUCUGUGACUGUUGCUUUCUUUUCUUUUCUUUUCUUUCUCCCCCUGAUUCUCUCUCCUCCCCACUUCAUCAUCCUUUAGAUUCCACUUGUGAAAACACUCGCUGACUUAUAGCUCUGGAAGUGACUGGAGAUUUUUUGGUGCCCAGGUUGAGACGCUUUAGAAAGGGCCAGUUUUUUCCCCAAGAUGGAUACUUUGCAUGUUAAACAGGCCCAGCUCCAGAGCCUGAAGUUGGGCACCCAAAAUCACCAGCUGUUUUCCCCACCCUGUACCCAAAGACAUGUUCUGGGCUUUUCGGGCCUAAGUAGGCUUUGAGAGAUUUGAAAUCUAUUUUAAAUCUUUUCAUUCCUUUCUCCUAUGCCAAGUCCCUGAAGCAGCCAGCCACAGUUCAGCGGCUGUCACAUUCCUGAAUGCGGCCGACGAUGCCCUUUUGACGUCCUAACCCCUCCGAGCCUGUGACUGAAAUGAGCUCCCUGUUAGCACAGCCAGAGCAUCGACCUAUUUUGUGGCCACUGUUUUGGGUUAACUAGGUCACAAGACGCUGUCUCACCUAAACUAGUGGUGCAUGUGUGUGUGUGUGUGUGUGUGUGUGUGGAGGGGCGGCUCUAGACAUUUCGCUGCCCCAAGCACGGCGGCAUGCCGCGGGGGUGCUCUGCCAGUCGCCAGUCCCACGGCUCCAGUGGACCUCCAGCAGGUGUGCUUCGGUGGAACCGCGGGACCAGAGGACCCUCCGCAGGCACGCCUGCGGGAGAUCCACCGAAGCCAAGGGACCAGCGGACCCUCCACAGGCAUGCCGCCGAAAGCUGGCUGCCUGCCACCCUCCUGGAGACUGGCAGAGUGCCCCCCGCGGCUUGCCGCCCCAAGCACGCGCUUGGCGUGCUGGGGUCUGGAGCCGCCUGUGUGUGUGUGUCUGUGUCUGUGUGUGUGUGUCUGUACCACUUCUUGCUCCCUUCUAGCUGUACCUGUAAGCGACAGCAGGAUUCCCGGUUUCAAGCUAGCUCAUGUCAGCCUGCGCCCUCAGGACCCCAUCUGACUUCAGGAUCCUCUUCCAAGGAGGCAGAAGAGAAUCCUAGGGAGGGAGCCCAAGAGGCAAAGCCAGAGCUCCAUGGGCAUUUUGGAGCUGCAGACAGAAGUCCUGGGGUUUCUGCUGUGGCCCAUGAGUAGGGCAGAGGGAGUGAGGGCACCACAGGCCAGUCUCUUCCCCACCCCUGGGAGGGAACCAGCUAGCGCCAGAGGAAGGGAAGUGGAGGGGCCAGGAAGACAUUGCUGAGGGAGGGAAGUGGACCUCGGUUAAUCCAGUCGCUGCUGGUUUGAGAGCAAUGGCCCCAUCCCUUCCAGCUGGCUCUAGCAAUACUGCGGCGUGAGGGGGACGCUGCUGCUAAGUACUGUACUCAUCUGAAUCGGGGGCAGGGGGCUUGGAGCUGAGAGGAUAGGCUGGCGGGGCAGGGAGCAGUGCCUCGUGUGGAGGGUGC